GGCUUGUGUAUGGCUGUGCAUUACGUUAUUUGCAAAUUAAUUUAAGUUUUUGGAAUUAUCGUAAUAUCGAAUGAUUAUUCUUAGGAAGAAAAUUACUCUGUACAUGCACAUAUCUUAAGUUGCUAAAAGUUAAAUUACAAAGUUAAAUUACAUGUAAUGGAUUAAUAGUGUAGGAUAAUUAAAAAGAGUGUCAUUUUUUAUAAAUUACGAAAAAGUUACUUAUAUCUGAACUAAGAAAUGUCAUAAAUAUCAUAAAACGGAAGCAGAAGAAAUAACAUUGAAAGAGAGAAUGAGAAAGAGUAAUAUUUUAAACGUAAAGGUUAGGUGUUAAAUUCUACUCAAAUCAAAUAAAAUAUUUAAUUAAAUAUAAAAAAAAGUUAAAGUAUUUACUUAGUUAUGUUUAUUCCAAAUUGUUUGUUUCGGUAUAAUUUUUGCAAAAUAUUAAAGAAUAUAUACUUGCGUAAAUAAGAAUAUUACUUUCAAAGUCGAAACAAUCAUAUAAACAUUGAUGUAGGAGCAUUAUAAAUUCAUAAUUUUAUUUUGUAUACUUUGUUUGAUAGAGAAAUGAACAUCUUUUUGCCCAUUAGCAGUUGGUAGAUAAUGGUAUUAUAUCAUGAGACGUAAUUUGAUAUGCCAGUUCUGUUAGAUGGGAACACUAUCUGCUUCGCAUGUAUAUACAAGUUUCCGGUGAACCAAAAUAAGAAGAGAAACCUUUGUUUGAGUUAAUGAAUUAAAAACUAUUUGAAAGUGAUCUGUGGAACAGUAUAAUUCAGAGAGAUGAGGACGGAAGUUACAGAGUCACAACCUUUCAAAAACUUAAAAGAAUUAUUCGAUAACGUGGGUAACUUGAAACCAUGGCCAGAAAUUGGAGAACUACGAGAUUCAACUGAUUAUGUGUACAGUGGUUUAGAAAUAAGCGCAGGAAGAACGCGGUUAGAAAAAUUGGAUAGAGAAGUACAUCCGAAAACGUUGCUCUGUCAUGAUAUGAAAGGUGGCUACCUAGAAGACAGAUUUAUAUAUGGAUCAGAAUCUUAUGAUUCUUACCUAUUUUAUCACUGGAGUGUUAUUGACACUUUUGUGUAUUUUAGUCAUCAUUUCAUAACUGUGCCCCCUUUUGGAUGGAUUAAUGCAGCACAUAAUCAUGGUGUAAAAGUUCUUGGUACUGUAAUUACGGAAAGAGAAGGUAUCUGGGAUGUUAUACUUGAAUCUCAUGAAGAAGUAAGAAGAUUUGCAGAUGCACUAAUACUUGUUGCAAAAUUUUAUAAGUUUGAUGGCUGGUUAUUAAAUAUUGAAAAUACCAUUAAAAGUGAGCAAGUUAAUAAUUUAAUUUAUUUUGUAAAAUAUCUAACAGAAAAUAUUCAUGAAGCAAUUAGAAAUUCUGAAAUUAUAUGGUACGAUAGCGUAACCAAUGAAGGAAAAUUAAAUUGGCAAAAUGAGCUUAACAGUAAAAACAUAGAUUUCUUUUUAAACUGCGAUGCCAUUUACUUGAAUUAUAACUGGAUGAAAUCAAAAUUGAAAAACAGUUUGGCACUAGCAAAAACUCACAGUCGAGAUAUUCAGGAUAUAUAUGUAGGAGUUGAUGUUUGAGGUAGAGGUUGUCCUGGCGGUGGUGGAUUUAAUUCAUCAUAUGCUUUACAAAGAAUACGACACGAAGGACUUUCUGUUGCACUUUUUGGUCCAGGUUGGACUCACGAAUUUUUCGGAUCUAAGACAUUCCAAGAAGUAGAAGAUCUAUUUUGGGCACAGUUGUUUCCUUAUUUAUAUGUUCAUGUACCUAUCUACGAAGAAGAAGUAUUCAAAACAUCAUUUUGCCGUGGCAGUGGUAGCAUGUAUUAUCGCUGUGGUCAGGCACUAUAUGAAAGGGAUGGAAAAAGAUUUAAACACAAACCAUUUUACAAUUUAUCCCUGCAAAAUCCACAAAUUUCAGUACCUAUACCGCACAUGAAAUUUACAUCAUCGCCUCAACUUCCAGAACCGAAAAGUGAAAACGAUCGAAGUGAGUG